AUGGAUGGUCUGGAGGCUCAGCCCAAGAACUUGGAGUCGUUGGUCAACAUCCCGUUCCCUAGCACGCUGCGAGCUUUGCAAUCUUUUCUCGGGAGCUUGAACUACUACCGCCGUUUCAUUCAGGACUUCGCGGUGGUACGCCGCGGUGUUGCCUGA